AUGGAAGAUAUAAUGGAUCACGACGCCUCACCUAAUGUAUAUAAACACCAACCAGCAUUGCGACUUCCACCAAUGACGUCUCCAGCACCUGCUAGUGCAUCCGUAUUACCUCGUUUUGAUAGUCUUGUGGGACGAUCAAGUGCAGGUCCUUGGUCACCAGCACCAUUGAAUGGAAGUCCAUACGAAAAAUCAUCAGUUGAUACAAGGUUAACAAGUCCUACAUUUGUGAAAUCAUCUUAUGUAUGGCCAACUAAGCCUAAUAAUUCAUAUACAAAAACGGCCGAUUCAACAAUAUACAAUAAUAAUUCAUUUACAAGAGCAAGAGAUUCAGCAAUACCCGGUAAUAAUUCAUUUACAAAACGAAUGGACUCGACAAUGGUCAGUAAUAAUUCGUCCAAUGCACAAAUGAUAUCAAGUUCCGAUGAAACGUGUACUUGCUUAAGUAAGCCAUGCUCACCUCGUUGUAAACUUGGUAUACUUGGCUUUACCAUUGGACUUUUAGCUGUUUGUAUACCAUUGGCUGUGAUAUUAGUUUUAUGGUUAAGAAAAUAA